UUAUCGCAUCCCGCCGUGCGUGUUCACGUUACUGGGGAUUCUCUGGGAGAAUAUUACAGUCACCGACCGCUGUUCGGUUAGGCUACAUUUCAUCGCCACUGGCGACUCGUGAAGGCCGUAGGGUGGCGAGGGCGCGUGGGGGGUUAAUCUCCCGGUCAGCCUCUAUUGUUUUCCUCGUGAGGAUGUGAGUGAUGCGGGAUGCGAUGGCAGAGGCGGAUGCAGCGGGAACGAUGAGCGGUCCUUUCGCGCCCCCGGGCUCGGUGUUAGCUUUCCCGUUACCGUAUGAGGAGUACGAAUGCAAGAUAUGCUACAACUACUUCGACCUGGACCGUCGCGCGCCCAAGAUCCUGGAGUGCCUGCACACGUUCUGCCGGGAAUGCUUGCACGCGCUGCACCUGCGGGAGGAGAGGCCGUGGCGGAUCUCGUGCCCGCUGUGCAGACACCGGACUCCUGUGCCAGACUACCAGAUUCAGAAUUUACCGAACAACACAAAGGUCACGGAGGACUUUCCUCUCUACAUGGACACGGACCCACUUCCGCAGGAUGCGCUUCCCACGAGCCCCCCUCCGCUGCACCCGGCGCUCAUCGCCCUCAGGCACGAGGACGCGACGUCUGCAACCGUAACGACAGCCAGCGCGAGCCAGGCAACGGUGACGCCAUCCAGCACCGUCUCGGCAGCCACCACCCUCUCGCGGGACUCUGUUUCAUCGGCGAGCCACCGUUACGGCGAUGACUGUUGUAACGACUGCAAGCGGCUCGCGCUCACGACCGGCUGUGUCUGCGUCAUCUUCUCAUUCCUGUCCAUGCUAGUGCUACUCUUCAUGGGCCUGAUUCUCGUGCACAGUCACGGCGGGCCACCGUCGCCCGCUGGGCCCAUUUGCCUCUCCGUCGCGAGCAUCCUCGCCAUGGUGUCGGUGGUCGUCACGUGGCUCAUCUGCUGGUUAAAAUACAGACCGGAGCACGAGACGGGCCGUACAUCCGCCACCAGCCACUCCAGCAGGAGGAACGCCUGA